GGGAAACUCUGCAGCAGUCCUCAUUAAAAUUCCCUGUCCGUACACACGAAACCCUCCUUUGGUGGGUGGCACCGCCAGCGUCCUGCGCGCCUCUUUAAUUGCGCACCACGCAUUUACCCAGCGAUCAUCAGCAGUGGCCGCGCGGAUCACGCUGCCUACAGGCGGAGAGUUUGCUCCAUGUCCCGUUAUUUACGACGUCAAGGCUGACGGAGGAAAAAGUGGGCGAAGAGUCCCGGAGGUCCGGCAAAGGGUGGCGCCCUACGCAUCUGAUCCAGCGAGUGGACACGCUGUGCGGCGACACGGUCCCUCCUGCAGUCACUUGGCUUCUUGUUGCGGCUCAUGAUUGUGACAUUUCUCGUUGGGGGACUGGCAACAUGUGCGCCCGGAUGGUGUGAAGUGUGACACAACGGCUUUGGGGCUUCAUUUCUCUCGGAUACGCCAAGUACCCGACCGGCGCACCUUGUGUAUAAUAGAGAACCAUGAGCACUGUGGAGGAGGAACUGGAUCACAUGAUACCAUGAAGACAAGCCUGCAGGUCCUGCGCCGCCAGCUGCUGAGUGUUCUAGCAUUCCUAGCACUGCCAGUAGGGCUGGUGUCAUCAGCACAGGAGCUGUUCCUCAGCCAGAAACCCCAGGUCUCCAUGGCAGCCGCCCACAUUAGCCCCCUUUCUGCCCCUGAACCUCCCCCUGUGGACUGGCAUCAGGAAGGCUCCAGUAGCGGGGAAUGGGCAUCCACAGGACGCACUCAUUCGUUAAACAUUAUCCUCCCGACUGUCACCAUCCAUCCUUUAGCCUUACUUCACACCACCCAAACGUCCAGCCUGGCUCAUGACAACCCACCCGUUAAUGAUAAAAAUACAGUCCCCCCAAACACUGUGAGUACUUCUAGUCAUGUGAAUCAGCCCCUGGAGCCGAGCUCUGACGUUGUGAACCAAGGCCACAUGCACAAAUUGGUAAGGGUACCUCAAGCCCAUAACCCAGUUUCUGUCGGCACUAAGCAGGCCAGCAGCAGCAGCAGCAGCCCUAGAUCUCCUAGCAUAGCGGCCCCAAAUAUAGCCUCACAGCCUCAGAAGCUGAGUUUGGAUGAACCCACUAACUCAGAUCACGCCCCCUUUUCCUCUUCAUCGGGGAAUGCUGACCCUUGGUUAAAAGUCGGGGAGCAUGCUCGUGGUGCCACAGAAAUGGCCAGACACCACGCUAUCACCCUGAGGGAGGUGCACAGCGUGAAGGAGCCCCCCACUGAAGAACUGGUGUUAGAGAAGAAAGAAGUGUCUGUGACCCCGGUCCACAGCCCACCUGAGAAGCUAACUUCCACUGCGUCCACUCUAGCGCUCUCCACUGGGCUCAGCCUCAACACACAGAUUCCAACCGUCAUCCCAAACAACCUCACUGCACCCAACGAGACCACCACUGUGGGGGGUCAAGGUAACGGCACAGACAAUGCCCCUCUUGCGCCCUGGUUAGGGAACGUAACUGCACAUGGAGGGCUGCUCUCUAACAGCAGCUCAGUUGAGGAGGGGAAUGCUCAGGGGAACAGCUCCGAGCCCCCCUCUACAGCCAGUGGGAACUUCCUGAACAGGCAGGUGCCCGCCACGACCGAGGACCCCUGGAUGCCCGGCAACAGCUCAGGCCCCACCGUUGACUCCCCGAUGUCCCGUUUCACCAUCUGCCUCAGCCGGAUGGACAUUGUGUGGAUCGUGCUGGCCAUCACUGUGCCUGUGUCCUCGUGUUCUGUGCUUUUGACUGUGUGCUGUAUGAGGAGGAAGAAGAAGUCAUCAAGUCAGGAGAACAACCUCAGCUACUGGAACAAUGCCAUCACCAUGGACUACUUCAGCCGGCACGCUGUGGAGCUGCCCAGAGAGAUACACUCUCUGGAGAGCGAGGAUCAUGACACUUGUCUCCCCCCGAACGGAGACUACAGCAGCAGCAGCGUCGUCCUGGUUAACCCUUUCUGCCAGGAGACCCUCUUCAUCAACAGAGACAAAGCUUUUGCCAUGUAGAGACAGAAAAAAAGAGACACCGUCUGAUUCUCCACUCAUACUCCCCCUGCUGUCUAUUUUAUAUAGUAUGUGGUAAAUAUUCAGAGACUUUAUACUGUAUAUGACCAACACAAAAAAGAGGCACCCUGAAAGAGUAGUGAUGUAAGCAGACACUGUUUACUAUGAGGAUGCCCCUGCAUAUUUUUCUGAUGUACAUUUUCUACAAAAGGCUUAAUUGUGAUAAAAGGUUUUUAUUGUCUUUAUAAAAUACAGAGUAUAUGUGGUUUUGUUUCAUUACAGUGGUUUGAUGGUGAGUGCACUGCAGAUGUUGCCACGUGAAAUCUGCUUGAGAGAGAACCGUGACAUGAAAUCUUAGAAGCUGUUCUUGGUAUUUUUAAUUUUCUUUUCAAAUGAAUCCUAAAAUACUUAUAGCCUGAUGAACUUGAAUAUAGCACCUACGUUCUUGGGGGGGAAACAGAGAUUUGUGUCAAAAUACUGUAUGUAAGAUCAGGGCCCAUAUUUAUCAAACUGAGAAAUACACUUGGGAAUCUGAAAAAGAUGGAGGGAUAACGCUUUCAUCAAGUUAUUCACAGCAAAAUGUGAAAAUAACCUUCAAGAGAAGCUCUGAAGUGAUCACAUGAUUAACCACAUGAAUACUGUUAGCCAAUCAGAGACAUGGUUCCCUCUACUGUUCAUCUGCCCCAUUUUUCUGCUUAUUUUAUUCCUUACAUUUUACUGUGCAAUUUCAUUAAAAUAACAACAAAAUAUAUUUGUAUUGCAUGUGUGAUAUUACUGAUACUUUGUGUAAAAUGCUUUAGUUGCCAAAUUAUGAGUAAAAGAAAAUCUGAAAAAUAAAAGAACAAUAGAAGAACAAAACUAAAUCAAACAUUUAAAUGGCUAUUUUAGAUAUUUUUUACAAUACCAAUCAGUAUUGUGGGUUUAAAACGGGUUUUAAAUAGGCUAUAUAUACAGUAUAGUAAUAUGUACUGUAUGAUACAUUUGGGUUAAGAAGUCGGAUGAAUGAAAUAAAAAGUGAACUCGAAUACUUACUGCUAAGUCGAGAAGGAAAGUAAUUCUGCUGCUGGUAGACAAGGUACAUCAGAGAAAUUAUACAAUAAGGAGUUUGGUACAUCAUUAGUAACAAAUACAGAUAUUAAAGUCAAAAUAUUUUCCUUUAUCAGUUUGAUAAAUAAAGGCCUGAUUUUGAAGGUUUAUUUGGGCAGUUUAUUUUGGUGACUUGGAGUCUACAACUAGCUGAUUUUAGAGACGUCAAUCAAAUGAAACUGACUUAAAAUAUCGUUCCCCCUCUUGUGUCACCAGCUUCUCUUAAGAGGGACCACAUAGAUGUCUUAAUUCCUUCUGUUGACCCUUUAUAUAUAUAUAUAUAUAUAUAAAUAUCAGUAUGUGUGUGUGCCCUGUUUGUGCAUGUAAGAGGACUGUGUGAGUGUGUACGGAUGAGUAUUGUGCUGCCUCCCUUUACCAAAUAUCACUGUUACUUUAUGUCACACAAGGCUUUGUAUUUCUUUCAGCUCAGUUAUAUCUGUUUCUCUGUGUGUGUCUGUUUGUCAGUGUCGUGGAGUGGUUACUGGUUAUAGCCCAGUUUGAGAAAGAAUUUCUCAGUGCUGUAGGAAACAAUUAGACCAACGUUGCUACUGUAAAUGUGUCCCUCCAUAUAUAAUGUGUUUGUCCAUCAAUGCAAAUUAUGUUUGUUAAAAUGUUGAAUGAUUGUGAGUUAGUUGCUGGACCACAUAAUGUGUUAGAGGCUGUCAAUAAUUUCUUGACCAAUAAAAACGCUGAGAUAAAAAAGGUAUGCUGAAUAUUUGCUGGGAGCACAUACAGAGGCAGUUUGAUUAUCAAAAAAGAUUGUUUUAAUUCUUUGUUUAGUUAUACGACAUGUGGUCCUUCUAUCAUCUGUUUUUUUGUUUGCAUCGCUGCAGUUUUAUUCAAUUAUCGAUGCUGCCUGCCUCUAUCGUCGCUAAAGAUUAUCUGCAUUGUGAGAUGUUGUUCUGAAAUCACUGAUCCAAAAGGUGAAGAUGAAUAACACGAUUAAACAUAUUGAUAUUUCCUGCAUUGGAUGCUCACAGCUGGGCUUCUUGUUUUGCACGCUCAAAAGUGGAUAUUUUACAAAACGUUCAGUGGCACGGUGGAGCAGUGUUAAACAUUAUGUAUUUUUUGUACUGUAGUAUACACUGUACUUUUUACUGCUGAGCAAUAAAACUGAAAAAAUACCUGA